GGUCGGGCGCGCAGGCAGGUGGAGCUCGCGCUCCGCCGGGCCCCUGCGGUCUCGGCAGCCGUUUGCAUUUCCUGAAACCGGAUCUGGGCGUCGGAGCCGCCCCCGGCCGGCCGGGCGGGCGGGUGCUCAGCCAUGGCCCUGCGCAAGGAGCUGCUCAAGUCCAUCUGGUACGCCUUCACCGCGCUGGACGUGGAGAAGAGCGGCAAGGUGUCCAAGUCCCAGCUCAAGGUGCUGUCCCACAACCUGUACACGGUACUGCACAUUCCACACGACCCGGUGGCCCUGGAGGAGCACUUCCGGGAUGACGACGACGGCCCCGUGUCCAGCCAGGGCUACAUGCCAUACCUCAACAAGUACAUCCUGGACAAGGUGGAGGAGGGCGCGUUCGUUAAGGAGCACUUCGACGAGCUGUGCUGGACGCUGACGGCCAAGAAGAACUACCGGGUGGACAGCAACGGGAGCAGCACCCUCUCCAACCAGGAUGCCUUCCGCCUCUGGUGCCUCUUCAACUUCCUGUCCGAGGACAAGUACCCACUCAUCAUGGUCCCCGACGAGGUGGAGUACCUGCUGAAGAAGGUCCAGGCCAGCAUGAGCCUGGAGGUGGGCCCGGGCGAGCUGGAGGAGCUGCUGGCCCAGGAGGCGCAGGCCGCCCAGACCGCCGGGGGCGUGAGCGUGUGGCAGCUCCUGGAGCUCUUCAACUCUGGCCGCUGUCUCCGAGGCGUGGGGCGCGACACCCUCAGCAUGGCCAUCCACGAGGUCUACCAGGAGCUCAUCCAGGAUGUGCUGAAGCAGGGCUACCUGUGGAAACGAGGGCACCUGAGGAGGAACUGGACAGAGCGCUGGUUCCAGCUGCAGCCCAGCUCACUCUGCUACUUUGGGAGUGAAGAAUGCAAGGAGAAAAGGGGGACCAUCCCGCUGGACGCGCACUGCUGUGUGGAGCUGCUGCCAGAACGGGAGGGAAAGCGCUGCGUGUUCUGCGUGAAGACGGCGUCUCGCACCUACGAGAUGAGCGCCUCGGACACGCGCCAGCGCCAGGAGUGGACGGCUGCCAUCCAGACGGCGAUCCGGCUGCAGGCCGAGGGCAAGUCGUCGCUCCACAAGGACCUGAAGCAGAAGCGGCGCGAGCAGCGCGAGCAGCGGGAGCGGCGCCGCGCCGCCAAGGAGGAGGAGCUGGUGCGGCUGCAGCAGCUGCAGGAGGAGAAGGAGCGGAAGCUGCAGGAGCUGGAGCUGCUGCAGGAGGCGCAGCGGCAGGCCGAGCGCCUGCUGCAGGAGGAGGAGGAGCGGCGCCGCAGCCAGCACCGCGAGCUGCAGCAGGCGCUGGAAGGACAGCUGAGGGAGGCCGAGCAGGCCCGGGCCUCCAUGCAGGCCGAGAUGGAGCUGAAGAAGGAGGAAGCCGCCCGGCAGCGGCAGCGCAUCCAGGAGCUGGAGCAAAUGCAGCAGCGGCUGCAGGAGGCACUGCAGCUGGAGGUGAAGGCGCGGCGCGACGAGGAGGCGGUGCGCCUGGCCCAGACCAGGCUGCUGGAGGAGGAGGAGGAGAAGUUGAAGCAGCUGCUGCUGCUGAAGGAAGAGCAGGAGCGCUACAUCGAGCGCGCGCAGCAGGAGAAGCAGGAGCUGCAGGAGGAGAUGGCGCAGCAGAGCCGCUCGCUGCAGCAGGCGCAGCGGCAGCUGGAGGAGGUGCGGCAGAACCGGCAGCGGGCCGACGAGGACGUGGAGGCUGCCCAGCGGAAGUUGCACCAAGCCAGCACCAACGUGAAACACUGGAACGUCCAGAUGAACCGGCUCAUGCACCCGAUUGAGCCUGGAGACAAACGGCCCGCCACCAGCAGCUCCUUCACAGGCUUCCAGGCGCCGCUCCUGGCCCGCCGGGACUCCUCCCUGAAGCGCCUGACCCGCUGGAGCUCACAGGGCGACAGAACCUCCUCCCGGAGCGGCAGCGAGCAGCCCAAGCCCCUCAAUGGUGCCAGCGAGGCGGCCCUGCCCGCACCUGCAGCUCAGGAAGAUCAGCAAGAUCCGUCACCACCGCCGCCAGAGCACGAGCCCGUGUGAGCAGCUCGGCCCUUCUGCGUGCCAAGGCCCGGUCACAGCGGGGCUGUGGGCAACAAUGGCCCCUGCCAAAGGGGACCUGAGGGCCCCCCGCAAGCCAGGAGGCAGCCCAGAAUGGAACCUGGUGGGACUCAGUGCAGCGUCAGACUCCAGCACGGAGGUUCGCUG